CCUCUCUGACUUCUUAGCUUGUUUCCUGUGCAGCAGCCAGUCGCUCUGCAUAACAACAUGGCAAUAAGCAGGAAGGACAGCUUCCUCUGGGGCCGAGCUCCUCCUAAACUCCCACUGGCUGAGAGGAGGCAGAGCGACAGGAGCUACAAUCUUAACGACAUUCAGAAGCUAAAACUGGAGAUGGCCAGCGAUGCACCUGACUCCAGCAACCCUGACCGGAAGCAGCGCAGCAAAAGUGAUGUGAGGAACAGGAAGUUUCUGAGGGGGAAAAAGAAAUUCAACAUGGAUCCAGAAGUGGGUAUCUGUUACCUGAUUGAACAUGGCUUCCUUGAAUGGCGGGCAGAGUCGGUGGCAGAGUUCCUCUACAAGGAGGAGGGGCUGAAUAAGACCGCCAUCGGCAACUUCCUGGGAGAAAGGGAGGAAAUGCAUCUAGAGAUUCUGAAGGAGUUUGUGGGCCUGCAUGAGUUCUCCGACUUGAAUCUAGUCCAGGCACUGAGGCAGUUUCUGUGGAGCUUUCGCCUCCCAGGUGAAGCCCAGAAGAUUGACAGGAUGAUGGAGGCUUUUGCAACUCGCUACUGCGACUGCAACCCAGGGGUCUUCCAAUCCACAGACACCUGCUACAUCCUGUCUUUUUCCAUCAUCAUGCUCAACACGAGUCUGCACAACCCCAACGUGAAAGACAAGCCCAGCCUGCAGCGGUUCGUGGCCAUGAACAGAGGCAUCAACAACGACAAAGAGCUGCCCUUCGAACUGCUCUCGAAACUGUAUGCAAGCAUCCGCAGCGAGCCCUUCAAGAUCCCAGAGGACGAUGGGAACGACCUCACGCUGACGUUCUUCAACCCGGACCGAGAGGGCUGGCUCCUCAAAAUGGGUGGACGUAUAAAAACGUGGAAGAGACGUUGGUUCAUUUUGACAGACAGCUGUCUGUACUACUUCCAGUACACCACGGAUAAAGACCCGAUCGGGAUCAUCCCUCUGGAGAAUCUUUGCGUCAGGAAGCUGCAAGAUUCCAGCAAACCGUAUUGUCUGGAGUUAUAUAACGCCAAAGGACAGAAGAUCAAGGCCUGCAAGACGGAGAACAAAGGCAGAGUGGUGCAGGGUAAACACCAGUCUUAUAAGCUGAAUGCAGCCAGCGAAGAGGAAAGGGACGACUGGAUAGAUGCCAUCAGGGCGAGCAUCACCAAGGAUCCGUUUUACGACCUGGUUAUGAUGCGGAAGAGGAAGCUUAUCAGCAACACUUCCUCGUAGGAGUGAAACUGCAGACAGCGGAGGGUCGUGCACGAUAAAGCAACACAAUCGUCAACAAGUUCACCAUGCAGCGUUUAAGGAAAUGGAUGACUUUGCAAGUCGCACUUGAGUUGGCAAACAAAGGAAAAGUGAACUGAAUUUGACUCGCAGUGCAAACGGGUUUAUAUCAUUUCUAUGAAAAUGCAAGUAUGGCAGCUUCAUCUUCAAAAACUGACAAUACUUGGAAGUAGGGCGGAAGUAGAGUUACAGGCUUGACAGCAUUAGCAGUGUUUCAUUAAACUGGGCUCAUUAAAGAUGAACAGUGAAGCAACUGACACAAAGCAACAACAAAGAUAGAAUGCAGAACGGCCAGAAGUAGGAGCUGAAUAACUAGAAGAGGCACUGAAAGAUGGAUCUCAAAAGAAUGCAUGGCUGCAAUGAGACAAACACAUCCUGAAAUUCCACCUUAAAACUGAAAAAUCCUUUGUUUCCUAAGCAAGAAACAAAUUACGCAAAAGAAGACGUAGAACAACCACAAAGGGAUUUAAAAUAAAUAUAGCAGCAUAUCAUCUGCAUAGAAGUAGAUGGGGGGAAAAAAUGAACACAGUAGUAAAAAAAAGAUGCGUAAAUAUUGUAUAGAUGAGAAAUUACUAAAGUUUAGAACAGAAAGUACAAAUAAUGAAGCUCAAUAACUACAAAGAAGAUAUGCAACAUGUGGGAUAAAGUGCCAAGAGUCAUAGAAAACUCCCAGAAUAAGAGCAAAAUGUAGUAAAUGUAUGUAUGAGUGUGUGUGUGUGUGUGUGUGUGUGGGUCUGUGUGCACCUGUCUAGCCCACAGAGUGAGGACCAUUUUUUUUUUAUUUCACCAUCGAAUCGAGGGCCAGUUGAGGACAUUUUGCUGGUCCUCACAAGCUAUUUGGCUAAUGGUUAGUUUUAGGGCUAAAGUGUCAAUUGUGAUAGGGUUAAGGUGAGGUAUGCAUUGGUAAUGGUUAGGUUUAGGGUUAGCUUCAAGGUCAGGGCAUAGAAAAGGUUGUAAAUGAAUUAAAAAUCAAUGGGAGUCAACAUAUAGUCCUCACUACAUAUAGCAGAAUGAGUGUGUGGGUGUGUUUGUGUUGGGGGAGAGAAUGGACACAGAAGUAACAUCCAUCCAGACAUAUUUGAAAAGAUGGCCUCCUACAAGACAAACACCAGGGAUUUCCUUUUAUUGUCAAGUGUAAAAAAACAACAUCUAAUUUAUUCAGUCAGGGAAGUGUAGCAUUUUUUUUAUGUAAAUGUAAAAAAAUUGUAAGAUUUAUAAACUUUAGAAGCUAAACAAAAGUUGUGCUUUAUAUUUUUCUUAACGUGUUUAAUUUAUAGAUCUUUGAAUGAAUGUACAGUUUAUUGUUUUUAUCUCUAAUGUGUAAUGUAAUAAAGUAUAUUGUUUAAA